CUUUUCUAACUCGAACUCAAAUAAAUACUCCAACAAAAUUAGAAUAUCACAGCAAACGUGAUUGGAAACUCGUAAAAUUAUAUUCAAAAACAUGAUGGACGUCAAAUUGUUAGCAGCUAUUGUUUUCGUUUUGGGAUUAAUUGAUGUAGCUUUAGGAUGCAAUGGCUACAAAGCAAAUAUCCUUAAAAUGGAAAAUUGUGCUGGAGCUGAUGCGGUUAUUUCUGCUGAUGCUGAUUUUACAGUCAAACUGACAAAGAAGUGUGAAUUGGUUCCUGUUGGAUGUGUUGCUAAUAAGGCUUUUGCUACAGCUCAAGCAAAAUAUACAUUGAAAAAGGACAAUGUAGUUAUUAAGGAAGAGGAAGUUGAUCUUUGUGCCGCUGCUGAUGGAGCAAAUAACGAAGCUAAGAGUUUCAUGAAAGUUUUCUCGAUGCCUGAAAAAUGUCCAGUUGCAGAGGAAAAAAUUUGCGCCAAUGAUCAUAAAUUUGAUGUUUCGAAAUACAAAAACAUGAUGAGCUUGGCUAAGGGUAGCUUUGAACUUAGAGCUGAAGUUGCUCACGAUACUGGUAAAUCUUGUCUUCAUCUUGAAUUGGAAAUCACCAAAUAAGUCUACAAUCAUUGUAAAGUGAACUCAAAUAUGUUUGUUUUGAAUAAUUCGGUACAAUAAAAACAUGUUCCCUAAAAAAAGAAAUUUGAA